AUGGAAUGCUUGGUGGACCCACAAACAGAGAAACAGGACCAACUUGCAUUCUCUAAUUUGGAGAACUUAACAAUGAGGGAAAUGGCUAGUUUGGAAGAGUUGUGCCAUGGUCCGCCUCCAAUUAGCUUCUUACAAAAGUUAAAAGAUAUGACCAUUGAAGAUUGUAGGAGGUUGAAAGUGGUAUUUGAAAUGGAUGGGCUUCUUGAAAAGGAAGAAAUUAGUCAGACGCCGCUACUCUCAAAUUUAACAAGUUUGGAUCUAUCUUCUUUACGAGGAUUGGAGAGUAUAUGGAAAUCAAAAUCAACCCAUCAAUAUCAUGCAAGCCUCCGAAGUCUGAAGGUUGUAAAAAUUUGGAGUUGUGAUGAAUUGAAAGCGAUCUUCCCGCCUUGCCUUGCUCAAAGUUUGUUGCAUCUACAAAAACUCUCCAUAUAUUACUGUAAUGGAUUAGAGCAAAUCAUUGAUUUUCCCCAAGAAAUGGGUGAGCUUCAGGUACGACCACUCUCUAAUUUAACUUCUUUGGAGCUAGAGUUAUUACCAGAACUACAGUGGAUAUGGAAAGGGCCCACCCAUCUUGUUAACCUCCAAAGUCUUAAGACUAUGAGAAUAUGGAAAUGUCCGAAACUGGCAUAUCUCUUUUCGACUCCCCUUGCUCGAAGUUUGGAGCAUCUGGAAGUACUCGAAAUAAGCUAUUGCGAUUCUUUGGAGCAUUUAAUCUUCGAUGAAGCAGAAAAUGAGGAUCAAAUAGUUUCAAACGUGGAUGGCUAUCCUUUCCACUGGCCUAAGUUGAGAACUCUCAAGAUAAUUAAUUGUGGAAGAUUGAAUUAUGUGUUUCCAAUCACUUUGGCUCAAGGACUUCUUUAUUUGGAAUCUGUUGAGAUAACUGAUUGUUCUCAACUAAAGCAGGUCUUCAAUAUGACAAAGGACAAGGGUGGGCGUCCGCUACAAGAGAUUGUGCUACAGAGAUUGCAAAUUUUAAGGCUUAAAAAUUUAGAGAAGUUGAAAAAUUUUUGUCCAGAAAAUUUUGUCAUGUCAUUAUCUUUGAAGGAGUUCGAGGUUCGCAGUUGUCCCCAAUUAACUGAGUUUAAGACGUUGCUGGCCAAUUUAAAGGAUGACAGAAAACUUGCCAUGGAUGGAAUCAUGUAUCACAAAAAUCUCAUUCCAAGCGUAGAUCCACAGGGACUAAAUGAAUUAACUUUUCUUACACUUAGAGAUGAUAAAGAGCUGGAAUGCUUGAUUGAUACAACAGACCAAGGCCAUGUCUCAACCGUUCCGCUGCUGCCAAAUUUAACAAGUUUUGGAGCUAGAGCCCAACCAUCGGUCUGCCUCCAAAGCCUGAAGGUUGCAGUAAUUAGUCGCUGCAAUAAAUUGAAAUAUCUCUUCUCACCAUCACUUGUUCAAAGCUUGGUGAUGCUAGAACAACUCAAGAUAGAGUACUGCGAUGAACUGGAACAUAUUGCCACUGAGUUGGAAAUUGAUGAUAAUAUAGAAUCAGACGGUGGCUUUCUCCAUCCUCCGCCCUUGCCAAAAUUGACAUCUCUUGAAAUACAUAGUUGUCCAAGACUACAAUAUGUCUUCAAUGUGGCAAAAGAAAAGAAUGGAGUUGAUAAUGCCAUUCUGCCACCAUCAUUGGAGAGGUUAACCAUAGUGGUUUGUCCUCGAUUUGCAAAGUUCAUUAUUCAACAAGUAGUCCACAAACGGCUUCAACUAAAGGAAUUACGAUGUUCUGAGUUGGAGCAAGACAACUUGUGCGACACUAUUAAUUGGGAGAAUAUUUUUCAAAUUCAAGAUGGACACUUACUCUUAAGGAUUGAGAUUUUAAAUCUAGAGGGUAUACAUCAGUUGCAGAGUCCCAUCCAAGUUGCAAGCCUUCCUUGUCUUAAAGACUUAAAAGUGUCAAAUUGUAAUAAGCUGAAAUCUCUCUUCUCUUCUCUGCUUACUCGAAAUUUACCGCAAUUGAAAAUUUUGAAUAUAGAGUAUUGUGAGAAGCUAGAAGAAAUCAUUGAAAUGGACCAAACCUCAAUAGCAUCAUCAUCACAGGGUCAUCUCCAAACUAUAUCCUUCCCUAGUCUUCAAGACAUACGGAUUUCUAGUUGCAGCAAUUUGAAAAGCUUGUUUCCUAUUAGUGUCACCUGUUCUUUUGCCAACCUCAAGAGCAUCAAAAUUACAGGGCCUUCUAAACUAGAGCAAGUCUUUGGGUAUCAAGGUGAACUAGACAUUGAAGAUGAUCAAAAGGGAAUAGUGCUCCCUAGAUUAGAAAUAGUGGAUCUUUCUGAGCUAUCAGACCUAAAGAGUUUUGCUCCAACUGGUUGUUAUUUCGGAUUCCCUUAUAUGUGGUCGUUUAAAAUAACCAAAUCUCCCAAGUUGACCACAAGUGUCAUCAUGGAUUCAAAACAUCCUGUGCCUGCCAUAACAGAGGUAACAGAGGAACCCCAACAAGUUCAGAAUAAUACAACAGAAGGUUUCACCGCAAUGGAAGAAAUAGUUGAUAAUCAAUCCACCUGCAAUGAUAUAAUUUGGGCUGGUUGGAAAGAUCAAAUACCUCUAUAUAUGACUCUGGGAGAAACAAGGAUAAUGUUACGCUAUUAAGUGAAAAUUUAAGGAGAAACUUGUUAGCUAAACAAGUGGUUGAUACUUGAUUAUGCUUAUCAUCGUUGGAGCUUUCUGUUUUAUGGUGCCGUCAACUGGUUGGAUCUCUAUUUUUUCAGUUUUACUUUGCAGUGAAGAACUAGUUUACUCUACAUUUCAUAGCAUUUGCGUGUUUGAUAUUGUAAAUAAAGUCAUGUUUAGCCAUUCAUGUAAGACAAAUUUCAUCUAUUUUUUAUUUGGACUCGAA